GGUUUUUGCAGCCGGGCUGUGGGUGCGUCUCCGAGUUUGAGGUAGAGUGUGGUUGUGCUUGGGGAAGAAGGGAGGGAGGGGUGCCCUCUGCCUGCAAUCACCCACCUCACCCCAGACCUUGGGAACAGAAUGGGUUGGUGUGCUGGCUGGCUGCUAAGGCAGACUUUAUUCAGAACAGCUCUGGGGCCCGACUGAAAAGCUCGAAUCAAGAGUCAGGCGGUGGACUCUUUCCCCAGCCUCCCCUGCCCCGAGUGCCUUGUGACUGGAGGAGCCUGAUGGGGGUUUUCUGGCUGUGGCGGAGGACGGAGCUCAGUGCCAUCUUCAGGGAGACCAGGGGCUACGGAAGGGAGGGAUAGGGUCGCCGGACCUCCUGAUACAGGCCCUGGCCAGGCUCAUCCACAUCUGGAUAGGCCUGGAAUUGAGGCCCACGUCCCAGCCUGAUGGGUGGUGCUGGCACUGAAGUGCCCAGCCUGGGCAGCGCCUUCUGCCAUGAACUUUCUGAAGUCCUUUUAAAGUCCCCCCGGAGCUUCCUUUUGCCAAGGAGGGCAGGGGCAGAGGGGUCCUGGGAAGAGGAGGUGGCCAGGAAGAGGGUGUAGAGUGAAGGGUGUAGGGCGAAGCAGCAAGUACAGCCAUCCUUGGGGCUGGGGCCUGGCCUGCUUCAGGCUCCAAGUCGCAGACCCACCGGAGGAUCCAGAUUUGGGGUCAGGGGCCCUGGGCCUGGGUCUGCCAGGCUGCAUGGACACAGCUCCCAGAUGGAGCCGGAGGUGCCUGUAUCUGUGUUGGAGCAGAAGAUCGGAUGUCGUGGUUUAGCGGCCUCUUGGUCCCCAAGGUGGAUGAACGGAAAACAGCCUGGGGGGAGCGCAAUGGGCAGCAGCGGCCGCGCCGCGGGACCCGCACCAGUGGCUUCUGCACGCCCCGCUACAUGAGCUGCCUCCAGGGUGCGCAGCCGCCCAGCCCAACCCCCGCCACUGCCCCUCGGUGCCCCUGGCAGGAUGAGGCCUUCAUCCGGCGGGGCGGCCCAGGCAAGGGCCCGGAGCUGGGGCUGCGGGCGGUGGCCCUGGGCUUCGAGGACCCUGAGGUGGCCGUGGCCGUCGGAGCAGCGGAGGCGGCCCCCGCCGUGGCCACCAGGAGCAGGCGGGCUUGCUGGCGCCAGCUGGUGCAGGUGUUCCAGUCGAAGCAGUUCCGCUCGGCCAAGCUGGAGCGCCUGUACCAGCGGUACUUCUUCCAGAUGAACCAGAGCAGUCUGACGCUGCUCAUGGCGGCGCUCGUGCUGCUCACGGCCGUGCUGCUGGCCUUCCACGCAGCGCCCGCCCGCCCUCAGCCCGCCUAUGUGGCCCUGCUGGCCUGUGCCGCCACCCUCUUCGUGGCACUCAUGGUGGUGUGCAACCGCCACAGCUUCCGCCAGGACUCCAUGUGGGUGGUGAGCUACGUGGUGCUGGGCAUCCUGGCGGCCGUGCAGGUCGGGGGCGCCCUGGCAGCCGACCCGCACAGCCCAUCUGCAGGCCUCUGGUGCCCCGUGUUCUUUGUCUACAUCACCUACACGCUCCUCCCUAUCCGCAUGCGGGCCGCUGUCUUCAGCGGCCUGGGCCUCUCCACCCUGCACUUGGUCUUGGCCUGGCAGCUCAACCGUGGUGAUGCCUUCCUCUGGAAGCAGCUCGGUGCCAACAUGCUGCUGUUCCUCUGCACCAAUGUCAUUGGGAUCUGCACACACUAUCCGGCUGAGGUGUCUCAGCGCCAGGCAUUUCAAGAGACCCGCGGUUACAUCCAGGCCCGCCUGCACCUGCAGCAUGAGAACCGGCAGCAGGAGCGGCUGCUGCUGUCUGUGUUGCCCCAGCAUGUUGCCAUGGAGAUGAAAGAAGACAUCAACACAAAGAAAGAAGACAUGAUGUUUCAUAAGAUCUACAUUCAGAAGCAUGACAAUGUCAGCAUCCUGUUUGCAGACAUUGAAGGCUUCACCAGCCUGGCAUCCCAGUGCACGGCACAGGAGCUGGUCAUGACCCUGAAUGAGCUCUUUGCCCGGUUCGACAAGCUGGCUGCGGAAAACCACUGCCUCAGGAUCAAGAUCUUAGGGGACUGUUACUACUGCGUGUCAGGGCUGCCAGAGGCCCGGGCAGACCAUGCCCACUGCUGCGUGGAGAUGGGGGUGGACAUGAUCGAGGCUAUCUCGCUGGUGCGCGAGGUGACAGGUGUAAACGUGAACAUGCGCGUGGGCAUCCACAGCGGGCGUGUGCACUGCGGUGUCCUUGGCUUGCGGAAAUGGCAGUUUGACGUGUGGUCCAAUGACGUGACUCUGGCCAACCACAUGGAGGCCGGGGGCCGGGCUGGCCGCAUCCACAUCACCCGGGCCACACUGCAGUACCUGAAUGGGGACUAUGAGGUGGAGCCGGGCCGUGGUGGGGAGCGCAACGCCUACCUCAAGGAGCAGCACAUUGAGACCUUCCUCAUCCUAGGAGCCAGCCAGAAACGGAAAGAGGAGAAGGCCAUGCUGGCCAAGCUACAGCGGGCGCGGGCCAACUCCAUGGAGGGGCUGAUGCCACGCUGGGUGCCUGACCGUGCCUUCUCCCGGACCAAGGACUCCAAGGCUUUCCGCCAGAUGGGCAUCGAUGAUUCCAGCAAAGACAACCGGGGUGCUCAGGAUGCCCUGAACCCUGAGGAUGAGGUAGACGAGUUCCUGGGCCGGGCCAUUGAUGCCCGCAGCAUCGAUCAGCUGCGCAAGGACCACGUGCGCCGGUUCCUGCUCACCUUCCAGAGAGAGGAUCUUGAAAAGAAGUACUCACGCAAGGUGGACCCCCGCUUUGGAGCCUACGUGGCCUGUGCCCUGCUGGUCUUCUGCUUCAUCUGCUUCAUCCAGCUUGUCGUCUUCCCACGCUCAGCCCUGAUGCUUGGCAUCCACGCCGGGAUCUUCCUGCUGUUACUGGUCACUGUGCUGACCUGCGCCGUGUACACCUGUGGCUCUCUGUUCCCUGAGGCCCUGCGACGUGUGUCUCGCAGUAUCGUCCGCUCGAGGGCACAUAGCACUGCAGUUGGCAUCUUUUCUGUCCUGCUUGUGUUCACCUCCGCCGUCGCCAGCAUGUUCACCUGUAACCACACCCCCAUACGAACUUGUGCAGCCCGGAUGUUGAAUUUAACCCCUGCUGACAUUACCGCCUGCCACCUGCAGCAGCUCAAUUACUCUCUGGGCCUGGAUGCUCCCCUGUGUGAGGGCACCGCACCCACCUGCAGCUUCCCCGAGUACUUCAUUGGGAACGUGUUGCUGAGUCUCUUGGCCAGCUCUGUCUUCCUGCACAUCAGUAGUAUCGGGAAGUUGGCCAUGAUCUUUGUCCUGGGGCUCGUCUAUCUGGUGCUGCUUCUGCUGGGUCCCCCAGCCACCAUCUUUGACAACUAUGACCUCCUGCUGGGCGUCCAUGGCUUGGCUUCUUCCAAUGAGACCUUUGAUGGGCUGGACUGCCCAGCAGCCGGGAGGGUGGCACUCAAAUACAUGACCCCCGUGAUUCUGCUGGUGUUUGCACUGGCGCUGUACCUGCAUGCCCAGCAGGUGGAGUCCACCGCCCGCCUGGACUUCCUCUGGAAGCUGCAGGCAACAGGGGAGAAGGAGGAGAUGGAGGAGCUCCAGGCCUACAACCGGCGGCUGCUACAUAACAUUCUGCCCAAGGAUGUGGCCGCCCAUUUCCUGGCCCGGGAGCGCCGGAACGACGAGCUCUACUACCAGUCCUGUGAAUGUGUGGCUGUCAUGUUCGCCUCCAUUGCCAACUUCUCUGAGUUCUACGUGGAGCUGGAGGCCAACAACGAGGGUGUCGAGUGCCUGCGACUGCUCAAUGAGAUCAUUGCUGAUUUUGAUGAGAUCAUCAGUGAGGAGCGCUUCCGGCAGCUGGAGAAGAUCAAGACAAUUGGUAGCACCUACAUGGCUGCCUCUGGGCUGAAUGCCAGCACCUAUGAUCAGGUGGGCCGCUCCCACAUCACCGCCCUCGCUGACUAUGCCAUGCGGCUCAUGGAGCAGAUGAAGCACAUCAAUGAGCACUCCUUCAACAAUUUCCAGAUGAAGAUUGGACUGAACAUGGGCCCAGUUGUGGCAGGCGUCAUUGGGGCUCGGAAGCCACAGUAUGACAUCUGGGGGAACACAGUGAAUGUCUCAAGUCGAAUGGACAGCACCGGGGUCCCCGACCGAAUCCAGGUGACCACGGACCUGUACCAGGUUCUAGCGGCCAAGGGCUACCAGCUGGAGUGUCGAGGGGUGGUCAAGGUGAAGGGCAAGGGGGAGAUGACCACCUACUUCCUCAAUGGGGGCCCCAGCAGUUAGCAGGGCCCAGCUACAGAUCAACUGAAAGGACCAAGGUGGGCAUUUGGGUGGACUCUGUGCUUGCUGGGGGAAGCUGUGGCAGGGGUCACUGAGCUUCCAGACCCUGCUGAUCACAAAGGGAACACCCCAGCAGGCUGUUCAACUACGUCCUCAGGCUGGUGAACGAGGGGAUACCAAGAGGAUUAUGCAAGUAACUUUUAAAAUCUAGGGUAGGGCUGUUUUCCCUCCUUUCUUCCAGCUUUUGGGAGCAGGGGAGGGGGCAGCAGCAAAGGUGGGGGGACCCUUCCUGCCUGAGAGAUUAAAAUGGCAGCUUGUCACACCUCCCCUUUCCCUGUCUGUCUGGGCAACACGCUUAGGGCUGGGCCCUUUCUUUCCCUUUUUCCUGGGAAUCUUUUGUACAAAGACUGGGGCAGGGUUGAAGAGUACCUGUUCCACGCUUGCCUUUGCUGUGCCUGCAUCCCCAGCAUGGGUCCUGGGCCCUCCCCGCCCUACCAGGUCUCCCUCAGGGACACAGGGCCAAGGAGGGAGAGGCUCGGGAGACCCAGCUCUGUUCAUAUUUCAGGGGAACGUUUCCAUUUGCCAAAUCCUAGUCCCACGAUCUGUCCCCAAAGGGGAACAAAGGGACUUCUGACAGCUCAGAUUAGCCUCAGUUCCUGCACAGCUCCAGGGAGAGGGGCAUCUGGUCUCAUUGGUACUGUGAAAAGACCCAGCCAGGGAGCAGGCACGUGCAUGAGGGUGUUAGAAGACUGGAAGGUGGACGUUCGCCUGCAGGUGCCAAAGAGAGCAGGCCGGCCAGGGAUGGGGGUGGUGCCAGACUCUGAAGGUCAGGAUCAGGCCACUCUGCCCCCGCACACUCUUGCUGUCUGCUGCAAGAGACACAGAGCGUCUCUACCCCUUCUGUUGCCAAAUAGAAAAGGGCCAGGGCCUGGAGGAAGACGACCUUGAUCCUAAACCCAUCCUCCCAGACCUCUGGCACUGGGGAGGGCCUGUGUGUCUGUGUAACUGUGUGUGCACGGUGGUCCGUGUGUGUGUUUUCCAGGUCUAUGUGUCCUUACGCUCCUGCUCCUCAACUCUCCACCCUGGGUUGCCUCUUUCCUGUGGGCCUCUGUCUUCUGGGAAUAAGGCAGGAUGUCUGAUUUCAAGGGAUGGAGACAGAUGCCCAGUUUGCACAGGAGUGGGAUGGGGUGUGGUAACAAGAGGAGGGUGACUGGAGAGAGGAGGUCUUUUGUGCCAAAUCCCUAAUUGCCUUGUGGGGACCACGUGUGCUCUGCUAGGGCAGGGACCCAAGCGCCUGCUGGAGCCCCCGUGCUACUUGCACUUGAACGCUCUGGGGUUUGGUGGGCAGAGGCUCAGGAGUCCCCUGGAUUUCCCCAGCUGGUAUCCUGGGAUGUGGUAAGCCUCGGGGCUUAGGUAGCAUGGGACCCCCGAGGACCCAGACUCUGGUACUAGGGGCAAGGGGAGGGGAAGCCGGACCUCGGCCGUCCCUAGUCUGCAGCCUGGGCCCAGCGUGCUGCAGGCUCCCCAGUCCCCAUGAAGCCUGCGGGGGGCUGGCAGGAGGAUUAGGAGGGCUGGGCCUUAGAUUCCCUUCUUGUCCGCGCCUGCCUUUCACCCGCUUCCCUGCAGCCUUGCCUCUGGCCUGAAUGAGUCGGUGCCUUGGUUUCUCUGUACCUGUUUAAGCUGAGGCAGUGGCCACAGUUUUGCUUGAAGAUCGCUUUGUCUCAGAGGUGUUAAGAGGCAGAGGGGAGAGGGUCCCAGAGUUGCUGACUUUGGGGACUGGAAGGGGCAGGUAGUACUCUUGCCCUUCCUCAUGCCCUUUCUGACUCUAGUUCCUUGCAGAGGUUGUUUCUGGCUCGUACUGACUGCUCUGGGGGAUCUUCAUGUAUCAACCAAGUGGGCCAUCAGUCACUUCAUUAGCCAAGGCAGGAGAAGAGAAAAGACUAGGUGGUCCAGAUGAAGUCAGCUCCCCUUCCCUCAGCCACAGCCCUGGACAGGAAGGUUCUGCAUGGGGUCCUGGGGUGGGGAGGAGGCUGUAAGGAGGCCAGAGUGGAAGACUGCUUCACUUACAGCAGAAGUGAGUGACUCGUGUCUGCUUCUUGCUAGUGGAAGGGGCCUGUCUGCACCCUGGCUCCCUGCACCACAGUGCCAGCCAUGCAUUUCCCCCGGGCUGAUAUUGCCCCCUUCCUUGCCAGUUGGUGGGGGAGUCAGUGGAUGGGAGGCCCAUGGACUUUGGUUUUUUAAUGUAACCAGCAUGGAGGCCGGGGGGAGGGUGGCAUACCGUUGUAUUUCAGUGAAAUAUUUAAUAUAUUUAAAUAUCAAUAAAAAUCAAACUCUUUGUAAAA